GCACGGUCGUCGCCAUCGCCGACGUCGGACAAGCCCAUGGCCGCUUCGUCGUCGUCCUCGAUGGCACGGGCAUCGGCGAGCUCUGACACGGCCUUCAAGGCGAGAAGGGAGACCACCGCGGCGCAGAGGGGCUCGUCCGUCACGUUCUCCUCGACGGGCGACCAGGACCAGCAGGACGACGUCGAAGGCGCCGCCAUGCCCAAGACGCCCUACCCCGCCGAGGGCCGCGCCAUGGGCUCCCAAGAG